AAGAAGAAGAAGAAGAAGAAGAAGAAGAAGAAGAAGAAGAAGAAGAAGAAGAAGAAGAAGAAGAAGAAGAAGAAGAAGAAGAAGAAGAAGAAGAAGAAGAAGAAGAAGAAGAAGAAGAAGAAGAAGAAGAAGAAGAAGGACGUCUGUAGGAAGCAAUGCGACCGUCGCUCAUGACUCCCCCGUUAACCUGCCUUCACGUCGCACCUGUCCUCGCCAUGUUGUCCUUUCUUCUGUCGAGAGGCUUCUGCUUGACUGCGGCAGAAGUUGGCGGCAGAACUUACCCGACCUUCGGUUCACUUUCACGGACUUUUACAACCUCAACUCCCAAAUGUGGCGAAACAUCCGAAAGCGGUUCAGUGGUCACGUACCCCCAGCUGAAGACUAUGCUGUCCAACGGAGACAUCCAGCUGUUUGAUGUGAGAAACCCUGACGAACAUCUGGCCGGACGCAUUCCAAACGCUGUCAACGUCCCACUGGGAACCCUGGAGGAGUCUCUGAAGCUGUCCCCCGAAGACUUUCAGCAGACAUUUCACGUGAAGGCUCCUGGGAAAGACGACGACAACAUCGUGUUUCAUUGCAAAACUGGCGGCAGGAGCUCCAAAGCGCUGGAUAUCGCCCUAAAGCUGGGAUUCCACAGGGCGAGACAUUUCCAAGGAGGGUUCACUGAGUGGGCACAGCGAGAAGGACAAUGAACCUGAGCCCAACUCCAAAAUGCAGCCUCCAGGAUUUAAAUGAGAAAUACCUCCUACUGCCUGUUACUCUUGAAGUUACACAUUUUAUUUAUGAUAGCUGCUACUUUAUGGGUCACUACUACUUUUGAGCUUUAACUUGUUACAUUUUUAACGGCUGAUUCAACACUUUAAGGUUUUGAAUCAUGUUUUCUAAACGUUUUAUUAUGGGAUUGAGUGCUUGGUGUUUAAUAAAUCUCUUACAAAUGUC